AUGGCAAUGCCUCAUCUGCCCGCGGAGGUGGUCAACAACAUGGUGGGCUUCGGGGUCGACGUCCAUGGGGUCAGCCUAUGGUGGCCGUUGCGCGGAAUCAGCAGGACUUUCCAGAGCAGCAUCGACGACCGCACAGCGGGACAGCCAACAAGGGCUUUCUUCCCGCUAGAUAGGCACACCCGCGCCCUCUUCAAGAACCUACUUCCAGCUCAUAUCGCUCAUCGGGCGAUCCUAGCCUGGGAUGACCUCAACGGCGAGCACGACUUUCUUCCUUGGAUCAUCAAGUUCUCGGUGGACUGGCUACGUAGCUCUAAUGCGAUCCGCGCGGACCAGGAGUACGAGGCUGCGCUCAUACUGAGCAAACAGUUGGCUUUCGCGUGCAAGUCUUCAUUUGAGAUUGCGACUCAGAAGUUCACGGGCCGGGUUUUCUCGCGUCUCUGGCCGUGGGCUACAAACUAUCACUCUCACGUCGCCGUUCACGACCUUGCCGUCGCAGCGGCGCUUGGUCUCCUCGACCUCUUCAAGCUCGUGGCAGGCGCACACGUCAACCAGUCGCUCUGGGAAGCGUCAUACCUCUACGGAUAUCCACUCGCUGCCGCUGCAGGUGGUGAUCAUAAGGAGGUCGCCGAAUACUUGUUGGAGAACUUCGAGAUGCGCUACCGCCUUCAUCCUGACGAGGAGUAUGCUGCGGCCUUCAAGAAAGCCAUCGAGGAGUCACUGAGCCGCCGCCAUUCUGCUAUGACACUGCGACUUCUCAACGUCUACCACAAACACUUUGACCCACUCCCGGCGGGCUUACGUGCGAAGUGGCUUGAGACGGCGAGUGAAGAUCCGGACGGUCGCAUCUAUGAGAUGGUAUGUACUCUUCGGACUGAGGCCGAUGUUCGCGAACACAUCGCAUCGUUCAAGCGCGUCUGCAAAAACAACAACAUCCCCGGCCUCACACGACUCUUCGUACAAGGACAUCUCGAUGUUAACCAAGGCUACCCCGACAAGAAGUUGCCUCUCCGCUGUCUUCUGUACACCGCGAUCGAAAUUGGCAAGCCAGGUCCGGUGAAGAAGCUCCUCGAGCUUGGCGCUCAUCCGGACGGACUUCCGACUUCGCUACCUGACCACAGCCCUCUCUGGCUCACUGUCGAGCGUAACGACCUCGAGAUGUUUGGCUUGCUCUUGUCAUGGGGCGCGGACAUGACUCGCAUCAGGUCUUUGUUCAGCAGUAGCGAUGACGAGUUCCAGCUCGAGCGUGAAGCGAUCUGCACACACGCUGUGGACUUCGAGGUAUUUCUUGCUGAUCAAUGGAACGCUUUCAUGGAUGGCCGUCUGGAGCUUUAG